AUGAAGGAUGAUAAGAUGGAUGGAGAGGAGGAGAAGAUAAUGCAAGUAAGAGUACUGUUCAGGGUGCCUGAUCAGGGUGACCCAUACUGUACUGUACUGGACCAAUACCUCUCGGACAGGGCCUUACUGCUGAGUGACCAUCGCAAGGAUACAGAUGGUGGAGAGUCAGAAGGUGGUGAUUCCCAAGUGAAGGACUGUCCUUCUCCCAAGAGCUGCAAGAGCCCUUCGGCACAUGCACCUUGUUCUCCGGCAGCCCAGGCUGUGUCUCGGCCAUCAAAGGAUGAAGAUGAAUCACAGACUUGUGGUCCUGCUCAGCCUCAGGCACUGUCCGUCCAGCCGUCCAGCGCUAAGACUCCCAGCUCAAAACCAGCUGCUCUGACGCCCAGCAAGCUCCACUGCGGGCCCUCGGGCGCCUCUCAGAGUCACUACGCGGGACCUUCGCUCAUGCACUCUCCCAAAGCGCAACCCCAAGGAUCACCUUUCCGUGGCCAGCGAGCCUUUCUGACAGCUCAGCCUCAGAACCAGCCUCAACCCCAAGCUACGUCUGGUCCAGCCACUUUCCCUCAGUAUAACCCUCAAAAUGCCCCUCCACCUCCGCCCCCUCCUCCUCCAGCUCCACCUACAUCUGCUCCUUACUUCCCCACCCAGGCUACUGCUGCUGCUGCACCCUUCCCUGCAUUCAAGCCCACCGUGGCCUCGCCCUUUCCUCCUGGUUCCCAGCCUCUACUUCAGCCCCAUCAUGCACUGCAUUACCAAAGCAGUGCCGCCCCUCCUCCUCCACCUCCUCCUCCUCACCCGCAGCCUGGCCCGACCUUACUGCAUGUCAAUCUGCAACCUUCUUCACUGCAGCAGCAUCAGCUCCUGCUGAGCUCUGCCCCACCUCCGCCUCCUCCUCUCCACUCCUCAGACACAGAGUUCCCAGCAGCCCCCGCCUAA